AUGGCUUUUUACCCUCCUGUGAAGGCCACCUCCUCCCAAAGCGAAUAUGAACCAAAAGAAAAGGAAUUGGCCUUAAAGAUUUUCAUCGAAAUUCUGUCAUAUCAACUGGCGUCCCCAGUGCGGUGGGUCGAGACACAGCAGCAAUUGCUUCAAAACGAAACAUGCAUUCAACGAUUCAUCGAAAUUGGGCCCCGUACCACUCUCUCCACUAUGGCGAAAAGGUCCGCCAAUAUCCACUCAAACUCCCAUCCUUCAGCUAGAUUGUCAAACCCAGAAUUCCUUUCGUAUCAUGGCAAUCGAUCAGAGGUCUUGUAUCAGUACAAGUCCACUCAAGCAUCCGAGUCGCGGUCUCAAUGUCCCGCCAAUUGCAUCAUUGAGAAUUCCACGACCCCUAGUGCUCCGAGACACCCUCCGUCUAGCUCCAACGGUCCGCUGCUAAGUGCGGUUCCUACCGCAGAUCUGUCUCUCCAGGCGAGUCAUGUUAUACUUUCUAUCAUUGCUCAGAAGCUUAGGCGUCGCUUCGAUCAAGUUCCGGUAGAAAAGACCAUUCGAGACCUCUCUAAUGGCAAAUCCACUCUUCAAAACGAAUUGACUGGUGACCUUGUUGCCGAGUUCGGCCGAGUUCCGGAAGGCAUCGAAGAUAAGUCGUUAUCCGCUCUGGGAGACUCACUGCAGGCACAGUUUAGUGGUGUCCCUGGCAAAACAAUGUCUUUACUGAUCUCCAGAUUGGUAUCGAGCAAGAUGCCGGUGGGUUUUAAUCAGAGAACCAUCCAAGAAUAUCUGAACUCACGUUGGGGUCUUACAAAAUCUCACGUCAGUAUCCCGCUCUGUUUUUCGACAACUAUGGAGCCUGUGAGUCGAUUAGGAAGCGCCGAUGAAGCGCGAAACUUUCUAGACGACUUGGUAAAUAAAUAUGCGACCUACCAAGGUAUAUCGCUCGUGCCGUCGAACCUUACUCCUGACAGUCACGACUCUCAUGGUCCAGCUGUCGUGGAUAUAGCUGGUCUGAAUAACCUCAGCAAGCGACAUUUGAAGCUCUAUAGAGAACAAUUUGAUUCAUUGGCAAAGUACCUCGAUAUUGAACCGUUUGCAUCGCAGCAAGCUACCGCAUAUUCAACGGCGCGUACUUCCAGUCUGGAAGCAACAGUGGACUUACUGAAGGCGGAAUUCGAUGAUAAUUUCAUCGAGGGUGUCCAGCCUAUUUUUAAUAUAAAACAAUUGCGCCAGUAUGACUCCUGGUGGAACUGGUCUCGCGAGGAACUUGUACGGCUAUUGAACGAAAUUCAUCAGGACCCUUCCAGCGCACAUCAUCCAGGGGUGAAAAUCCGCAUACAAGAUCUGAUGAAUAAGUGGGAGCCUAGUUGUUCGGGUAUUGUUCUCGCCCAUCUAAACGGGCUACAAAGUCGGCUCAGCGGCCCAUUCAAUAAAAUUCGACUUGUUCUGGAGCAGUUGAUUGCCUUGGGCAACCAGGCUCUGUCGACAGACCCAUUAUUUGUCCACAAUAUUCCACCCAUGGGUCCUCAAACAAUCAUCACUGAGAACGGUCGUCUUGCAUAUCGCGAGCACCCGCGGUCGAUCGGCCAUUAUCCUGAAGCUGUGGCUUCGGGGCCAACUUGCGAUGGCGAUCACGCCGUAGCUCCAUUCAUUCACAUCAAAACCAGAUCUGACGGAGGAGACUGGAAAUAUAACUCCAGAACCACUAGUCUCUAUCAUUCUGUAUUGGAUGUGGGUGCCACGACUGGCUUUACCUUUGCUAACAAAACAGCCCUGGUAACGGGAGCUGGUCCCACCUCCAUCGCAGCCAAUAUUAUCCAAGGGCUAUUGAGGGGCGGUGCUCGUAUCAUCGUCACAACGAGUCGGUCCAUAUCGCAGAGUGCAGUAUUCUACCAGCAAAUGUAUCGCCAGUAUGGGGCAAAGGGAUCCUCCUUAGUGGUUUUGCCCUUGAACCAGGCGAGCAAGCAAGACUGCGAGAGGUUAGUGCAACAUAUUUAUGGUGCUGACUCUCCAACCGAUGGUGACUUGGAUUAUGUACUUCCAUUCGCUGCUAUCCCUCAAUCUGGGGAACCGGACGGAUUGGGGGGCCAGCAAGAACUUGCACUUAGAGCUAUGCUUGUCAAUAUUCUACGCAUUAUUGGUUCUAUUCGCCGAGAGAAAGAACGGCGGCGCAUUGAGAAUCGACCAACCAUGGUUAUUUUGCCGAUGUCCUGUAAUGAGGGUACAUUUGGCAGUGAUGGACUAUAUUCCGAGUCUAAAAUAGGGUUGAAGGCCUUAUUCAAUCGGUUCUUCUCUGAAGGUUGGUCAAAGUAUUUGACAGUAUGUGGAGCGGUUAUUGGAUGGACAAGAGGCACUGCCAUAAUGCAAUCUUCAAAUGUUGUCGCGGAAGAAGUAGAGAAGUUGGGAGUUAUGACUUUUACUCAGGCGGAGAUGGCUUUUAAUAUUCUGGCCUUGAUGACACCUGCACUGUCUUCUUUGGCCGAGGACGCACCGAUUUACGCCGAUUUAACGGGAGGGCUAGGUUCAAUGUGGAACGUCAAAUCGCAUAUUUCGGCGGCGCGAAAAGAAAUAUCUCAUAAGCAUCUGUUGCAAAAGGCGAUAGCCGAAGAAAAUGCUCGUGAAAAGGCUAUGAUGAGCAACGCAUCUGAGACGAAGCCUGAGCAGGGGUUACCAACGAAUACUCGACGGGCCAGACUAAGCAUACCAUUUCCACCACUAUGUGACUUGGGCAGGGGCUACCCCAGUCUUGAAGGCAUGAUUGACCUUAGCCGCGUUACUGUGGUGGUAGGAUACUCUGAACUAGGUCCAUGGGGCAGUGCUCGCACGCGAUGGGAGAUUGAGCAUCAGGGUGAAUUUAGUCUUGAGGGCUACAUUGAGAUGGCGUGGAUCAUGGGUCUGAUAAAGCACGUCGAUGGGGAAGUUAAAGGCGAGCCCUAUGUCGGGUGGGUGGAUGCAGCGACAGGUUCGCCUAUGCCGGACGACCAAGUGCCGCGAAAGUACCACCAACACAUUAUGGCCCACGCGGGUUUACGCGUGAUUAAACCCACCGAGCAUGAUAGCUAUGAUCCAUCACGCAAGGAGUUUCUACAUGAGAUCGCAGUAGAAGAAGCCCUGGCUCCGUUCGAGGCUUCAAAGUCUACUGCUGAAGCCUUGAAGUUACGGCAUGGCGAUAAUGUCACUUUACUCCCCAUUGCGGACUCCGAUAACUAUCAAGUAUGCAUUAAGAAAGGUGCUAUUUUGAUGGUACCCAAGGCUAUUCCAUUUGAUCAAGUCGUCGCAGGAAGAAUUCCCGAUGGGUGGGAUCCUGCUCGGUACGGGAUCCCUGAGGACAUUGUCCAACAAGUAGAUACGACUACGUUAUAUGCACUCUGCUGUGUUUCGGAUGCAUUCCUAUCGGCUGGGAUCAAGGACCCCUACGAGAUAUACAAGCACAUCCAUGUUUCUGAGCUCGCCAACUGCCUUGGUUCUGGAGGUGGUCCAAUGAAAGUUAUUCAAACCAUGUAUCGUGACCGGUUUCUGGACCGCCAAAUGAGAGGCGAUAUAAUUCUCGAGCAUUUUAUGAAUAGCAUGGGAGCUUGGGUGAAUAUGCUACUUCUAUCUGCUGCUGGCCCGCUUAAGACGCCGGUUGGUGCAUGCGCUACAGCGAUUGAAUCUCUAGACAUUGGGUGCGAAGCCAUACAGUCCGGAAAAUGCAAAAUAGCCGUAGUUGGCGGCUGCGACGACUACGGCGAAGAGUUAGCAUUCGAGUUUGCCAACAUCAAAGCGACAGCCAACAGCACAGAAGAAUUGGCUAAAGGAAGAAGACCAGCGGAUAUAUCUCGCCCGACAGCCAGCUCACGGAGCGGGUUUGCAGAAUCCUCAGGCUGCGGUGUACAAAUUCUGAUGAGCGCAGCACUUGCGAUAGAAAUGGGGCUGCCUAUCUAUGGGAUUGUCGCCUAUACUCAUAUGGCGAGCGACCAGACUGGCCGCUCUAUUCCAGCACCGGGGAAAGGUAUUCUGACGGCUGCUCGAGAGACCAGUCAGGCCAGACAAUCACCUCUACUAGAUCUGAAGUUCAGGCGCGCAGCUUUCGACACAGAGAUUUCUGAUGUUUUCAGAACCACGAAUGCGCAAUGGGACCUUGCUGGCCUAAAUGUGAAUAAUACUAUCAAAGGACGUAUCCGUGAUACCCAAAACCGCUGGGGGAACAAUAUCCGUCAAUCAGAGCCAGGAAUGUCCCCAAUUCGAGCUAGCUUAGCCACUUGGGGGCUCACAAUUGAUGAUAUCAACAUUGUUUCCAUGCACGGGACCUCCACCAAAGCCAACGAAGUCAACGAGGGAGACGUCAUCAACACCCAAAUGGAGCACCUCGGCCGCCGAAAGGGGAGUCCGCUUCUCUCUGUCUGCCAGAAAUCUCUAACAGGACAUCCAAAGGCAGGCGCUGGUGCCUGGCAACUCAACGGCUGUCUUCAGAUACUGCAAGACAAUAUCGUCCCUGGAAACCGCAACGCUGAUAACAUCGACAGCCAGCUGCGGCAAUUCGAGCACCUACUCUACCCAGUGCAAUCCAUGAAAGUGGCAGAAGUCAGGGCAACCCUGCUCACAUCAUUUGGCUUCGGCCAAAAGGGUGCCAUGAGUAUCAUAGUUUCACCGAAAUAUCUGUUUGCAGCGCUCCCCGCAUCUGAAUAUCAAAGCUAUCGCGCCCAGGUCACAAAACGACAGCGGUCAGCAAUUCCAACUUUUGUUUCUCGCAUAAUAAAGAAUAGCGUCGUGCAGGUUAAGAGCCAUCCACCAUGGCAUGACCCGGAAGCCAUGCGAGAUUUCUUCCUCGAUCCCACCGGCCGCGUUGUGGACGGACAAAUAUCGCACAAACCUGAAACACCCUACAUGGCCGAAAAUGCCGCGGGUGCUUCUACGUCAGUAUCGGACACGCUGCAGGAAAUGCUCGAAGCAACAAACAGGUCUUCUUCUUCUCCGGCAACAUCCGUCGGUGUCGACAUUGAGGAUAUUAGUAAUGUCAACAUCGAGAACACACAGUUCAUUGAUCGCAAUUUCACCCAGGCAGAGCGUGAAUACUGCUCCCAGUCAGCCAACCCUCAAGCCUCCUUUGCUGGACGUUGGAGCGCAAAGGAAGCUGUUUUCAAGAGCCUUCAGACUGCGUCGGCUGGUGCUGGUGCUCCGAUGAAUGAAAUCGAGAUUCUCAAUGAGCAAGGUAUCCCGAAAGUCGUGCUCCAUGGUCACGCCCAAGAAGUUGCGGACUCAAACGGGAUCACCAACAUCGAGGUCACGAUUAGCCACGGCGAUAAUACAGCGAUUGCUGUCGCUUUGGCCAGCAAGAAGAAUUAUAGUACGGAGUAG